AUGAAGGAACAGCUGGGAUAUGGUCCUUAUGGUAUUAUUAAUUUGGAAAUAGAUUAGAUUUAUUCAUAAAUAUCAAUUCAAUACCCAACUAUUCCUUCAAUUUUAGCUUUAGUUAACAGCGUGUUUAAUUUGUUAGUCAUUUUAGGUUUCUUUUUGAAGAUUAUAUCUUAAUGUUCUUUGAAGGAAGAUUUCUUUAUGAUUUUGAUAAAGAAUGUUUACUAAGACAUUUAUCAAUAGAUUUUAUAAUUAAAUAACUUAAAAUAGUCAAAUUCUAUUUUAAGUUAAUAAACUAAAUCAUUUAUUAACAAUGAAACGUAAAAGAUAUAAGACACUUAAUUAGAAAAUUAAAAGAUGAAGGAAAAAGAAAAGGAUUAAAAUUCUUAAAAAAUUGAUGAUUAAAAAUUAGCUUAAAACUAAGUUAUUAAACAGUAAGAAAAUAGCAUACUUGACUAAGAUUAAUAAAUAUUUAUAAGUUUUGUUUAAAAAAGUGAAUCUGAAAUAGAAAGUAGUAAGGAAAAAGCAAAAUUUAAAAUUUAAAAUGUUGGUCCUAAAUUAAGCUAUUCUAAUUAAUUAAAAUAAAAAGAUGACAACCAAUCCUUGAUCCUCUCAAAAGAUUUUUUUGAGGAAAGAAAUGAUGGUUAAGUAAACAUCAUUUUAAAUAACUAAAAUUAGCCAAAGUAGGAAUUAAAUAAAAUUUAAAAUAUAAGUCCAAUAAUUCCAUAGCAGCCUAUCAAAUAAAAGCAUUAAGAUAAUAUUAUAAAAAAGUUAAUUUUUGGAUUUAGAUGUAAGGAUUUAAAAUCUUAAGGUUUAGGAAAAUAACGUAAGAAAAAAAUUGAAGAGUAGCUUAUAAAAGAUUUAGAUAUUUUAUAAUUUUACAAAGAUAUAAUAUUUUUGAAGAAAGCAAUAAUGAUGCUCUUAACAUAAGAUCAACUAGCUUCUAUAAAUUUUAUUGGAUGUUCUAGUUAUUUAUUAGAUUAAAAAUAAUCUUUCUUAGAAAUUUAGACUGGCAAAUUGAGUCAUUUUGAAUAAUAAUUUUCUAUUAUAAAUUCAGAGGAUUUAUAAAGUUAGUAUUUUCAAAAAUUUUUAAGAAAAUGUUAUGAUACGGACAAUAUUAAUGAGAUUGAUUCAAGAAUUUUAAACUCUAUAAGUAAAAGCUAAAUUAACUGA